UUUCAAAAAAAUUUUUUUUUUUUUUUUCAGUUUUUUUUUCAGAAAAAAAAAGAAAAAAAAUAUAAAAAUUAUAAAUAAAUAAAAAUGAAUAUACCGCAAUAUAAUGGAACCGUUCAUCCUGAUGAAUGGGUAAAACAAGUUCAAACAAUAUGUAUAAUAAAUAAUAUCAGACAAGAAAGAGAUAUUUUGAAAUUAUGUAAAUUAAAUAUUGAUGCAUCGAUAAAUGUUCCCGGUGAAUGUAAUAAUCUUAAUGAUCUUAUAAAGGCUCUAAAAGCCCACCCCACUUUUUCUAUAUAUAAAGAUGGUAUCAAACGCAAAUUAGAUCAAAUGAAAUUUGAAGGUGGAGAAGGUGGCGAUACUACAGCAUUUUUAGCCGAAUUUCGUUCACAUUGUGAUAAAGCGGAAAUUGAUAAUCCACAAGAAAUUAAAAAUCGUCUCUUGAGAACAUAUUCAUCGAAUGAAUUUUUUAAAAACGAAUUCUCAAAACGUGUAACUGGCGUCACAUCGAUAGAUGAAAUUUAUAAAUUAUAUAGCGAAGUUAUUUCAGAUAGUUCAAAAGCAAUUAAAUAUGGUCCUGAAUUUUUGAUAGCUAUAAAACAUCUUGUAACUGGUAAAUAUUUAUCAAGUAGAGAGAUAAAUUAUCAAACAGGAUCUAAAAGACAAGUGGUAUUUUGUGGUGAAAAGAUACUCAAUGAAAAUUGUUGGUGGUAUCUAAGCUGUGAAAAUCAAAGCCAUAAAGACGAAUUUCAAAAAAAUAAAGUUUUGUAUGAUGAUGUUGUUUAUUUGACUCAUAAAAAGACCGGAACGACUUUAUCACUGAGCGACUUUUAUAGGUCUCCUAAAACGUCUUAUGCAGAAGAUAUCAAAUUUUUUUUCUUACAGUACAUUGUUUUCAAUUUGCAUGGACUAAUUUGAAAUUCAUUAAAAAUGAUCAAACUAAUCAAGAAAAUAAGACACCUUACUUAAAAGCACGAGACAGAGUUUACUUAAGGACUGAAACUGAUUAUAUGUUACGUAGUCAAGAUGUCACUUUCGAGAUUGAAGAUGAUAACGAAAACAAGAACGACAAGAACGAUACCAAACCAUUAAUACUUCAAGAAGUUGUCGGACAUAAA